AUGACUGUAAACAGAAGACAAAUGGAUCCUUCGCUGGAAAUUAGAAAACUCUCCCCAAGAUACAUAAGGGAGUUGGCUCAGAUACUGGAAACUCAUGAAUUGUGGAAGAGACUAAUGUCAAUCAUACCAAAGACACUGGAAAAGUUUAAUUUCGUGUGUAAUGUUACCUUAGAUAAUCCCCACAAAUAUAAUUCAGAACAUUUUAAGUUAAUAGAGAAUGCAUCGGAAAGGUACAGGAGAGCUUGUACUGAAAUAUUGCUGGACGAAUGGGGUACAUCAGGCAGAUUGAGACCGGUUCUAGGUCAUUUGCUGUACCUCUUAACACAAGCAAAAUUGUUUCGAGCUGCGGAUUACAUUGCUGUGGAUCUCCUAAAACAGGAGAAACAUCAAAGACCAAGCACUGGCCCAGAAGCUUUGAUACCAAUAGUAUUAUCUGAGCCUGCAAAACAGAAGGAUAAACAUCUGGAAGAGGUUGAAAGAUCAUUGGAUCAAAUCGGUUACCUUGAUUCUGCGUUGAUGUUAAUUAGAACUAAUUCCGAGGAGGCGGCUAGACAUCAAAAUGUGCCUUCAGUGAUAUCACAAAUAGUUAUAAGUCCCGAUAUCGAUGAAGACAAUCAUGGACCACAGUUCUCUGUGCCACUCGUCGUGCAAAGGGAAAGAAUCGAUUCAGACAUAAAUAAUGACUCUGAUAUGAUGAAAUUCUCGACAGGAUCUCAGUCAACAACCAGCCAAAAUUUGAACGAAACAAAAUAUAGGCCUGAAAUAUCACAAUUACUUAACGAAUCACCGAUUUCAGUGAAUAUUUCAACACACUUGUUACCGAGUAUCUUAAACAGUUCACAGAAUUCGUCCGACAAUUCAACAAAAUCACGACCGUGCACAUCGCCUUUACCCAAUAUUUCUCUCAACACUCUUCUGCCACAUUUCACUUACGGCUCUGGCGCUUUCGGCUCCGUUUUCCUAGCCCUUGGAUUGCUCGACAGACCUGUGGCUGUAAAGAAAUUGGUAGUUAACAUCGACGAUACUGUCACUAAGCAGUUCCGGAAUGAAGUCGAGGUUCUCAACAAAUAUAAGCAUGAGAAUUUGUUGUCGUUGCUUGGCUAUUUUUGCGAUGGAUGUAAAGACAAACUCCAGUGGAAUGAAAGAUUAAGCAUAGCUAUGGGCACCGCCAGAGCUGUCUCGUAUCUACACACUCCAUAG